AUGCGCUCGCACACGCCCAAUGACAAAGAUGGGCGUGGAAGCCGCAGAACUCCCAUAUCCAACAGAUUCAGGGCAAGUACAUCCAACCUCGAUCGUCCGCAAACGUCCCUACGAAACUCCAGGAUGUCCUUUCGCGCAAGCACUCAACCAUCCUACAACCUUCUCACCGGCGAAUCCAAUCUCCCCCGUCCCGCCUCUCGAACAAGUUUCGUCCCAGAACCUGCCCGCCCCAGUUCGCGCGAAAGUCAUAAGGAGAACAUGCCGCCUCCUGAAGCGGACGAGUCUGAGAAGGGGAAACGUCAAAUGGAGGCAUUGAAAGCAGAGAUAGGAACUCUACAAUAUCGCCUGCAGACGACCGAGCAAGAGAAAGAGAUUGCCCUCUCGACAAGCAACAGCAAGGUUGAGCAAUCUCGUAGAGAAACACAAGAUGAGAUCCAGAAGCGCCAAGCUGCCGAAGCCGAACGCGAGAAAGCCGUCGAACAAGCCGAAGCUCUACGAAAAGAAUUGGAACAAAUCAAAGAGUCAAUCGACGACGAUAAGAAGAAACUAGAGCGCAAGGCUCGUGACGCAGAGGAUGAGGCCCGCUUGCUUCAGGAUCAGCUUGAGGAUCUAUCCGCUGCCAAGGACGAAGCUGCACGAAUCGCCGACCGCAAAGCUACCGAUAUGGAGAUGCAGAUUGCAGCUGCGAAAAAGACUGUCAAAGAACUUGAAGAGGAGAGUGAGCAGCGAGAGAACGCUCUGCAGCAGACACAAGCCCAAUUGGCCGAGAGGGAUGGACAGAUCGCAAAUCUUGAGGCUGAUGUUUUGCGAUUCAAGGCACAAAGCGGCGAUGCGGAGACGAUGGAGAUUAUCCGACAAGAACUCACAGAACAAGUCCAGCAUAUCCGAAACCUCGAGUCUACAAACCGUGAGCAGCUGUCCGAGCUGAAGCAUCUACGAUCAUUGAGCAAAGCAGUCGAAGUUGUCGAAGAAGAGAAGCGAACCCUACAGCGAAGACUUGAAUCUGCGGAGGUGAUUGAAGCAGAGCUUGCCGAAGCUCGUAUCCAGCGACAGCGACUUGAAGACGAGAGACUGGCUUGGUCUGCGUACCUUCAGAAUGCCGCCGAGACGGACGAAUCCCAAUUCAACUCACCAGAAGCUGUCGCUAGAGCCUUGGUGGAGGAGCGUCUCAACAAUGCAUCCUACGUCGAGAAAGUGGGCGCGCUACAAGCCGAAAUUACAUCUGCACAAAACACCAUCCAGUCUCUGAAUGACGAAAAGGCCCAAUUGAAGAGCGAAGUCGAGAAAUCCAAGACCGCAGCCAGCGCGGCCAACACUGACAAGGCUCGCAUGCGCCUCGACCGACAACGUGUUAUGGCUGUCAAGGAAGUAGAAUACCUUCGCGCCCAACUCAAGACUUUCGACACCGAGGACGAGACGCUUCAACCCGAGCAAUUCGACCAAGCCCGAGUGCAACGGGUCCAAGAGCUUGAAGAUCUUGUCGACCAGUACAAGAAGGAGGUCCAAACACUACACACCGAGCUGUCGUCUCUCGAGCCCUCGUCAACAGGCGCCCCUCAACCGGUUACAGGCAGCAAGCGAUCGAGAGUGGAGGAUGACAGCACUCAAGAACAGCUUGGACAGCUCACAAGGAAGAAGCGCAAGCUGGAAGAGGAGUUGACCAAGGCCCGGAACAAGAUUUCUCUGCUGGAGAAGGACUUGUCUACCAGUCGCGAGCAACUCAAGGCUGCCAAGCAGUCAACACAAACACGCGUCUUGUCGCUCAAGUCAAACCCGACAUCUGACUUUGAAGCGAUCAAGAGGUCGACACUCACAGCUCUAAAGAAGGAGAAUGAGGAACUCCUCGCCACACUCCGCGGCAAAUCAUCAUCACCCAUGAUUCCUACUUCUGUUCUUGCAGCAAUGGAGCGCGAAAUCACAGCAGCCAAGGCGGAAACAGCAUCAGCCGAGAAGCGCACCCGUCGUCUGAAGGAAGUCUGGGGUUCCAAGUCUCAAGAGUUUAAAGAAGCCAUCUUUUCCACGCUCGGCUGGACCGUGACAUUUAUCCCCAACGGCAAGAUGCGAGUCGAAAGCACGUUCUACCCAUCGCAGACGGACGAGCAUGAGAACUCGAUUGUGUUUGAUGGUGAGCGCGGCACGAUGAAGGUCGGCGGCGGUCCACGAAGUGAUUUCGCGAGAAGGAUAAGCGAUCAGAUUGGAUUCUGGGUUAGGGAGAAGGGGUGUAUUCCUGGGUUCCUGGCUGCGUUGACGCUGGAGUUUUACGAGGAGCAUAGCAGAGCGGCUCAAGCAAAGGCCGAUGGGAUGAUGACUUAA